AGUCUGCGCUCUCUGCCGGUAGAGUGGAAACAGCAAGGCAGGUUACUGCAGCUGAGGGGAGAGGAGACAGGGCAGCUGGAAAUAUCAAUGUUUUUAUUACUUACCUUCCGUUCUCCAGAAAUUAUAAAUUCCCCCCAGACAUAUACAAAGUUCAGGUGUGCUACCGGGGUCAUUUAUACAACCUGACAUUGCCUUCUGUUAAUUUGUAAUUAGUUAGAGAACGACGUUUAUUUGCGGACUGUUGCUUUAACGCGGAUUACUAAUGACGUAAUUGAAGUUACCGUGAAACAGUUUAUACUCUAUUCCUAUUGUAUUUAUUUGUUAUUUGUUUGUUAUUUAUUUAUUUGUAAAAACACUGCUUAAAGUUAAAGCGCGUUGUUGUUUUUUGCUCGUUAUUUUUCUUUUCAUUUCAUUGUCUUACCCUAUUAAAGCGAAGAAAUAUCAAGAACUUAAAGGGCUGCUAACAGUAAGGCUAGUGUCGUGAAUAAAAUCAGCAUUCCUGAUCCAGGCAGAACUUUCUGUUUCCGUCAGCAAUCUAAAGGUAAUCUGAAGUAGAAUCUCUGAAGAUGAUGCAGCCGAGGUCCAUCCUGUUCGUGAUGUUGCUCUGCUCCCUGACUGGAACUCUCCUGGCUGAAGUCGAAUUCUUGACCCAUGAUUUUUCGACCAGCUUGAAAAACAUCCUUCCAACCAUGACCCGACCUGUCAACACCAGCCGCAGCUUCUAUGGCAUCAUGUUUGACGCAGGGAGCACAGGGACCCGAAUCCACAUCUACAAGUUCAUUCAAAAAGCUUCAGCUGAACUUCCCCUUUUGGACAAUGAGAUUUUCCAUUCUGUGAAACCAGGGCUGUCAGCCUAUGCAGAUGCUCCAGAGAUGGGUGGAGAUACAGUGAGGCAGCUGCUGAAGAUUGCAAAACACUCGGUGCCUAAAAAACAGUGGAAGAAGACCCCAGUGGUUUUAAAGGCUACAGCAGGACUCCGGCUACUUCCAGAUGAGAAGGCACAGGCUCUGCUUGAAGAGGUUCAGGAGGUCUUUGAAGAAUCACCAUUUCUUGUACCAAACAACAGCGUUAGUAUAAUGGAUGGAACAAACGAAGGAAUUUUAGCUUGGGUAACCGUAAACUUCUUAACAGGGCAUCUUUACCUUAAAAGCUACAGGACUGUUGGAACCUUGGACUUGGGUGGAGGUUCAACUCAGAUCACAUUUCUGCCAAAAACAAAUAAAACCCUUCUAUCAGCCCCCCAGGAUUACAUUGCAAAAUUUGAGAUGUUUAACACAACUUACCAGCUGUACACUCACAGCUACCUGGGUUGUGGAUUGUAUGCGGCUAGACUGGCAACUCUUGGGGCACUUGGAAAUCACGCACAAAAUAAAGUAUACACAAGCACAUGUUUUCCAAAGAGGUUUAAAGAUGAUUGGACUUUUGGUGGAAUAACAUACAAAGUUAGCGGGAAUCCAGAUGGAUACACGGGGUACAAACACUGCUACCAGGAGGUGGUGAAAGUGGUAAAGGGAACUGUCCAUCAGCCAAUGGAAGUGAAGGCCAGCUCUUCCUUUUAUGCCUUCUCUUACUACUUCGACCGGGCUGUAGAAUCAGGACUGAUCGAUGGACAGAAAGGGGGUAUUGUAGAAGUCCGAGACUUUAAAAAGAAAGCCAAAGAAGUGUGCAAUAAAAUGACAAAGUACCGUCCAAUAAGUCCAUACCUGUGUAUGGAUAUGACUUACAUCACUGCCUUACUGAAGGAUGGAUUUGGAUUCAAGGAAAGCACAUUGUUACAGCUGACCAAAAAGGUGAAUAAUGUUGAGACAAGCUGGGCCUUGGGAGCUGCUUUCCACCUGCUGCAGUCACUGAAGAUGCCCUGAAGGCAGAAGGCAGACACAGCGGGUUACAGAUAUGGAACAUUCCAGCCGGCCUGACCAACUCUGAAUAACAAAAAUAAAAGCCCAUGUCUAUUCAACACUGCCAUAGGUGUUUUUAGGUUGAUUGGUUAAUUUAACAGUUAGGGUUGGGGAAAAAAGAUGCAUGGCAGUUUGAGCCAUUUCCUGUUUUACUAUGUGCUUAUUUAGACACAGCCUCUUGAUUUUAAAGAUGGUUAAAGUUCACUGGAAAAUCUGAAAUUCAUCAAACUUCUAUGCAAGGGGCUUAUUCACAUACUUAUUUCUUUUAAUAUCAAUUUGGUUUUAAACAUCUGUAUAUAUUUUGUAUUUUUAACCCAUACAUAUCAAGCAAGUGUUUUUAUAUGUGCAACUGUUUACAUUUAACUUUCUAUAGAGCAAAAGUGCUGUCUUAAUUACAAACUUGCAGGGAUAAUUUAGAAAGCUAAGACCCUUUGCAAGUCCACAGUUGACCAUAUUGAAUUCCAAACUAGCUUGUUCAAUAAUUUUACUCAAUUGGGAACUAUUUAUUGCUUUUAUUGCACAAAACACUUUAAUUACAGAUACUGUAAGUAAGAUUAUUGUGAUCACUCGUUAAGUGAUUAUCAGUUCUACAGAUUACAUUUUUAUUGGUGAGACUAUAUAAAUGCCACUACAGCUCAGGGUGCUGAAAAAAACCACACUCACAGCAAGUGCAGUAACAGCCACUGAAGGGUCAGCUUUAAUAUUAGACACAGCUACAGUACUUCUAUUUGUAGCAGAACUUAAGCUAGCAAAUUAUUACAUAGUAUUUAUAGUAGCUUGGCCACAUUGGCUAUCAUACAGCCAACUGCCUGGUGAUGGUUUGCCAGGGACAGCUUGCUGAAUAGGCAAACCGUUUACAGUGUAUUGCUAAUCCAUAGACUGUGUUUGCAAUGGUUAAACAUGCCCUACCGUUCAAUUUUACAAACCUAUUUGAACCCUUUGGCUAUUAUUGGAGUAGGUCAUGCAGUAAGGGUUGACUAGAGACGAUGCACAGUGUGCAAAAAGGGAUUACACUGCUGAUUAAUCAACAAGUGGACAUCAUUUUACAUGUGUGAUUGUCCACAAAAGCAUGGUGCUAUAACAAUAAUAAUAAUAGCUUAAAACAGAACAUACAUGGAUAUCAUAAGAAGCAAAUAUGCAACCAGGAUAAGAACACAGAGCUGGCACUUCAGUGACUUGCUUUAAGCACGUAUGACUCAUGCACAGCUCCUAUUUAUUAUAUUAGUAGGUGCAAGCCUGUUUUAAAGAUAGUUCACGGUUUAUGUACAGAAUUAAGAGAAGUAGGACCCACGGCAAGAUUCCAUGUUUUUAUUUUCUUUGAUGCUAAGAUAGAGGCAUUUAAAAAAUGUUAAUCAUUUUAAUAUAUCUUAUUUAUUUCAAUAAUAAUUAAACCUUAUUGAACUGUAUUGAUGAAUUCUUGCUUUUUUUGCUGUUAAGGGGACGAUGCAUUUCUAUUGUGUUUUGUUGGUUGUUCCAAAUAAAAUUGUAAACUUACAUUUUUACAAACUGUACUAAUAAAAGAAUGUUCUUAUUAUUCAUUGAUAUAUGAAUGAACCAGUACAGGUGCCACUGUUUUGUUUAACUGUCAUUGUGUCUUUGUAUUGGGAACAAGCAGGUACGUUUCUCCAUUGAUAAUGGCAAUGAUGUUGAUUCUCAGUAAUACGAAACUGUUUCAAAUGUAAUUUUUAUAUAUAUAUAUUUCUUUUAUUAAAAUACUUCAGAUUUUUA